AUUUCUUUCUUCUAAUCCCCGUUAAUUGAUACAACUCGAUCGUUAGUUAUACUUACUCUCUUAGGGAGCAUAAAACCACCUCACUUACAAAUCCAUAUGAAUUUGAUCGUGAUGCGAUAUUCUGGCUUCAAUUGAUGUACGUAUUAAUUACCGACUUCUUCCACAUCUUGCAAUGGCCCAGCCCGUCCUAAAAACCGCGAAGCAGUGGAAUGUCGUAGGCUACGAUGGCCUUGAAUCCCUGAAAUAUUCAGAGCAGCCAGUGCCUGAACUCGGCGAUACCGAAGUCUUGGUUAGGAUUCAUGGGGCCUCUUUAAAUUUUCGAGACAUCAUGGUCUCUCAGGGGAAAUUCCCCUGGGGCACCAAGCCAAACGUUAUUCCUGGCUCCGACGGAGCGGGAAUUGUCGUAGCUACCGGGCGGCAUGUUAGUCGGUUCCGGCCAGGCGACAAAGUCAUUACCGUGCUCAACCCUCGGCUGAUCGCAGGAUCGUUCACCGAAGAGUUGUCAAAAGUUGGUCUCGGUGCCUCGGUGGACGGCACGCUACGCACUGCCGGAGUUUUCGACGAGCAAGGCCUUGUCUCGAUGCCCGAGGGCCUAACUUUCCCUGAGGCUGCGACGCUCAGCUGCGCGGGGCUCACGGCUUGGAAUGCGCUCUUCGGUCUAUCUGGGAAACCAGUCGCUGCCGGCCAGUGGGUUUUGACGCAAGGCACUGGUGGGGUGAGCAUCUUUGCCGUUCAGUUCGCUAAACUUGUCGGCGCUAGGGUUAUUGCGACGACGAGCUCAUCCGAGAAGGCGAAGCUUCUUGAGAAGUUGGGUGCCGACCAAACCAUAAACUAUCGCGAGACCCCCGACUGGGCCUCCGCAGCCAGAGAGCUUACUGGAGGAUUCGGGGUUGACUAUGUCAUUGAUGUCGUGGGGCCAACUUCGCUGAAGCAGAGCGUCGCAGCUGUAAAACAUGACGGCGUUGUCUGUGUCUUGGGAGGUGUCGGCGGUGGCGAUGGGAGUGCGGAAAUGCCUGUUUUGCUGGAUUGCUGGAUGAAACUGUUCACAGCUCGUGGUCUAUGGCUCGGCACUCGGCUUCAGAUGGAAGAUAUGUGCCGCGCUAUCGAAGCCAAUAUAGACAAGUUGCGUCCUAUCGUCGACCCCAAGAUCUUUACGCUGGAACAGACGAAGGAGGCGUAUGAAUAUUUAGCCUCAGGGAAGCACCAAGGAAAGGUUUGCAUCGAAAUUGCGUAAUUUUAAAUAGGUGACAUAUAAGGUAUAUUGACGAUUCUCGUGAUAGAUAUUCAUGUAUACACUGAUAUAUUAUUCUUUGAACUAUCUUAGAAAGCGUUUCCUCAAUCGAGCGUCCCCGACCACUAGAGCAUUACGAUUGAUCACUCUGGCAGGCAACCUUUUAUUGACUCGCUGCAAACAUGUAUCCAACGCCCGAGACCGAAAUACCGUUUGUCCCGCUCGUCAGCCAAAGACUGUGCGCGUUUCUCCGCCCAAGCCCACUGGUCUCUCAAGCUUCUUGCCUUAGCAUCCGGGUCGAAAU